GCUUCCCAAGAAAUACAAAGCCCCGCUUCGCCCUCACACCGUGCCCCUCGCAUAUGCAGUCUGAUCCAGAGCAUCUGUCGAGCUUUGAGCUCAGGUCCAGGCUGUUCGAGUCGCUCCGGAAGACCGGCGUUGCGGAUAAGCUCAAGUCGCAGCUGCGAUCCAGGAUCGUCUCGGAGCUGAAGCUGCGGAUUCCCUCGACAGCGCGGGCCCAGCACUGUUGCGACCCUGGCUCGCCAAAGUCAACCAUCCUCAAUAGGGCGAUCGACAGUCUGAUCCUCGAGUAUCUCCGAUACCGCGAUUUUGACUACACUCUUUCUGUGUUUCUGCCGGAAUGCGGCCUCGAUCAAGCCGGCCAGGCAUUCUCGAAGGACGAUAUCAUCCGGGUUCUGAACAUUGACCAUCCGACUGCACUAUUCCGAAAUCUGAGACCCCUGAUCGAAACCGAGGACGCAGGGCUGCUUCCGAGGCUCCUACACGGGCUCUCGAGAGCCGGAGACAUUGUCUUUGUCGAAAAGGAAAUGCAGACCGACUUUGAGUUCCAAGAUAUAUUGGGUGAGUCGCUGCGCCGAAAGGGCACGGGGCCGCGGUGAGGCUGUAGCAAAUCAUGGCGGUUAUGCCAUGAUCUAUCGGAAUGUGCCCAGGGUGCACCAAUAUGCUCGCAAAGUCAUAUUGCAGUCAAGCGCAUCGUUUCAUGGCAGCGUCGAACACAAAGCCACUGCCUCUUCCUGAUCACUCAUCCCCGCCGCAUCCCUU